AUGAAGUUCUUGCUUAUAAUACUAACGUGGUGCACCGUCGGGGUGCUGAGCGACGAGGCUCAGGAAGUGUGGGAGUCGCGACAAAAACGUGUCCAAGUUCCCGAUGGCAAAGGACCGUCGCGAGUUAGUGGGCGAAUUGUCGGCGGAGUUGUGGCAGAUAUCAGUAAAUUCCCGUUCCAGCUGUCGUUGCGAGAGCGUGGAUUCCACAUCUGCGGAGCGUCGGUUAUCUCGGAAACCUGGUCACUAACGGCCGCCCACUGUCAAAGUCCUCCUUCGCCAGCUGAGGAUUUAACGCUUCUCGGUGGAACCAACAUUAGAAGCGCUGACGCAUCGGGCGUCGUUUUCCAAGUCGAUCUAGUAGUUCCCAAUCCAAGGUUUAAUCCAAAUACUUUCGCAAACGAUAUUUGCGUUCUGCGUAUCGAUGGUUCCUUCUUGAACCACCUCAACGUGGCACCGAUCCCGCUGGCCGACGCUGGUAUGAAGGUGCCGGUGGGAAGUAUAGUGACCGUCUCUGGAUGGGGUUUGACCGCUUCCAACGAGACCCUGGCGCCCACGCUACGUUCCGUCAGAGUGCCGACUGUUAGCUUCGCCUAUUGCAAAACGGCCUGGGCACCUAUAUACGUUGCGACAACGGGCAUAUGCGCCGGUCAGAAAGGACGCGACUCGUGCAACGGAGACAGUGGAGGCCCGCUAACGCUUAACGGAACGCAGGUUGGGCUUGUCUCGUGGGGUGACGAAGAGUGUGGUAGUUCUUAUCCCGCCAUUUAUACCUUUGUUGGAAACGCAAAUAUGCGACAAUUUAUCUUCAACAAUACUGGAGUGUGA